UCCUUUAGUUUUUCUCAUUGGAGCUGCUUGUAAGUCCAGAUAAUGUCAAAUGAAAAGGAGAAUGGGAAAUCUAGGAAUCAGGAUUCUCGUGUUUUUGUCUAAACGCCAUUAACUUAUUCCUCUCAUGCCUGUUGUUAUAGGUGUCCACACUGAGAGGAGCUGUCCCCGAGGAUCCUCAUCCACAUGUAGACCUGGUGAAGAUAACGAGACCCUGGACUUCGAGCCAAUGCAAUAAUCAGGAGUACGAUUAGAACUGCAAGAGCGAGGGGCAUGUGGCUGAGGGGUAAGGGAUGGUUUGGGAGGGUGCUACACUGAAAAACCAAAGAGAAAUACCCCGCAUGCCCACGAGAGCGUAUAUUCUGUUUCUGCAGCCUUAACAACAUUGAUUAUAUAGGAUAAUGCAAAGGAGUCAAGAUUAUGUUCCACAGAUGGCGUUUGCCCCUAACCAUGUCAGUAGUGAAAUGAGGAAGGUGGUUUAUUAUUGUGGGGAAAGGUUUUUGAGGUUUUAUAUAUCCUGUUCCUGCCACCCAGAAUGGUCUCAUUCCUCCUCUUUGCCUAACGGACCACUACUUGUUCUUCAGAUCUCAUCACAGUUGUUACUACUUCAGGGAAGCCUUCCUAACCCCCUAGAUACUUGCUAUGGUGUGGUUCUGAGACGAGGAACUGAAAGUCUUCAAAACACCUCACAGUUCUGUGUGAAAAGGAAAACUCAAACAUCUAAAAUGAAGAACCCCCGAACCUUUGAGGAGCAAACAGAAUGCAUCGUGGAAUUCCUACUCACAGACUUCUUAGGCACCUCAGUGAUGGUCGCUAACCGGGAACUGCAUAGUGUAGAUGAACCAGAUUCAGGAGAGGAUUCCUCUUUUGACGUGGCCAUCAUUGCUGGUCGUCUUCGGAUGUUGGCAGACGAGGUCAAUGAAGAACUGGAAGCUUCUGUCAAAAACAUCAUUGCAAAAUCCAUUUGGGGGAAGGCAGGGGCUGUACUUCAGGACACAGUGAAAUCUCUCAGCAUGACCUGGUGUGCUCAGGACUCCAGCUUAGCUUAUGAGAGAGCCUUCCUGGCAGUGUCGGUGAAACUGCUUGAAUGUGUGACCCGCAUAGAUCCUGAAAGGGCGAGACAGAUGGUAACCCCCAUGACAGAUAUGAUCAACGGUGCCAUCCGGGAGUUCAUCCAGGGCCAGGGAGGUUGGGAAAAUCUGGAGAGCUGAAGAAGACACAGGGGCACUGUUUCCCAGGGUCAACAUCUUUUCCCUUUUGACUGAUCAGGUGAUUAAUUUCUGGCAAUUAAAACAGACAACCAAAUAAAAAACCACUUUCUUUUAGACAGAACAGAAAUUAACUGAAUAACUUAUUUCCUACUGAUUAUUAAAGUUGGGAAUGGCUCUGAGAGGUCUACAGAUUUUAUGCUUUCUGUUUUUAUGUGAGUUUUAAUAAGGUUCUUUUGAAGCAAAGACUUCCAGACACAAAGCAAUGACUUGCUAGUAGUGGAACCAGGACCAGCCUUUGCUGUAGCUAAUUUUGGGGAAAAGAGAUUACACAGUAAACACGACCUUCAGAUUUAGUCCUGUCUUCGGUAAGAAUUUUGUCUACUAAAUAUACAGUCUAAAGGAUUUCAGGGAGAAUUUUGGUUGGGAAAUCUUAUUUUUAGUUGAGGAUUUUCUUUUUAAUCCAUAACCUAAAUUUCAUGUUAAUUUCACCUGAGCAGAAUUAUUUUAUGCAUUUUCAAGGUUGAAAGUGAAAAAUAGCAGUUCAUCUGCCCUUGUGCUAGAAAGGCCAAAGGAAGAUCAAACAGUUACUGUGUCUUUGCAGCCACAAGAUGCAGGAAAUGCUGGUUCACAUCUAGGACAGUAGGGCCAUUCUCACCUUAGAUGACGCUAGCUGCAUCCUGCAGUGUUUUUCAAAGUGUGAUUCACAUACCACUUGUGGACCUUAUGAAUUGCUGAUUUCCAGGCCCCAUCCUUAGAGAUUCUGAUUCCACAGAGGUGGGCUGGGGCCUAGGACCCUAUCUUUUUAACCAGUUCCACAGGUGAUCCUGAUGUACAUAUGAGUUUGAGAACCAUCACUUUAGAGCAGGGGUUGGCAAAUUGCAGCCCACAGGCCAAAUCCAGCCUCCUGCUUUUUUUGUAAAUAAAGUUUUAUCGGAAUGCAGCUACACUCACUUGUUUACGUAUAUCUAUGGCGGUUUUAGCACUCCAGUGGUGGAGUUGAAUUGUAUGGCAGACACCUAUGGCCCAUAAAACUUAAAAUACUUACUGUCUGGCUCAUUUAGGUUUUCAUCCCCCUGCUCUAAAACUAAAUGAACAUUUCUCCUUGAGUAAUUUAAACUCUGUUGCAAUUCUGAUAAUUCCUGUCAAACACAAUUGUAGAUAGGAUAACUUUUUUUCACAAUUUAGUCUGAGGUGGGUUUGUUAGUUCUCACAUAGUCCACACUUUCUCUAGGACUUUUGGCAAAUCGGAGAGCUCUGUGACUCCCGAUUUCUCCACAGAGGGUAUAUACUUCCUUGGCCCUACCGUAGGUGAUUGGAGCUGAAUGGAAGCAAAACAUAUGCUUUCUAUGGUCUGUAUAUCUCAUAAUAGUCUUUAAUAAUCUCAUAGAUCAGUACGCCGUUAUCAAGUAGAGACUCCUUCAUUCAUAAGCCACCAAACCAGACUACUUACCUGCAUGGCAGAAAGAAAAGCAUUACUAUAUCUAAUUUUGAAGAGAGGCAUUAAUGACUUUGGCCAAAGUUUACGGAGCUAAUCACUUUUCCUCUCUUCAGCCAGCCAGCCAUAAGGAUCCCCUAAAUGCAGAAAUAAAGAUGCAGGGCUGCUAAUAUAUUUUGAUUUUUUCAAAUUUGGGUUUUUCCUUUAUUCUUGUAUAAAUCAAAAUACGUUAGGAAUCCAGAAACGAGAUUUCAUGUUUCUAUUUAGUAGAAAUUACCUUUUUUGCUACCAAUUUAAGACACUUGCUGUAUUCCUUUGUCCCUUACAUUACUAUAAACCCAACAUGGCAGUUUUGUGGUAUUUGACCUCUUAGGCGGGCCCGCUGUUUUCACUUUGACUCAUGCUAUUCUGUUCAUGAAAUUAAAUUCUUCUGUCCAUGCAUUUGAACUAAUUCUCAGUAAGUGCAAUCUAAAUUGAAUGAUAUAGAAACAGAAUAGAUUGGUGGUUGUUGGGGCAUGGUAACUAUAGGUAUUAUUUAUUUGAAAGUUGCUAAAAGAGUAGAUUUUUAAAGUUCUCACCAAAAAAGUAACUACGCGAAGUGAUGAAUGUUAAUAAACCUUAUUGUGGUAAUCAUUUUGCUAUACACAUACACACACACACAUCAAAUCAUUACAUCGUACACCUUAAACUUACACAAUGUUAAGUGUUAAUUAUAUCUCAGUAAAGCUGGAAAAAUUAAAUCAAUUGAUAAAUGUCAGAAGCCAGCAGUUUCCUCUUUCUCUUUCCUUUUCCUUCUUAGCUGUACCAGCUCCCUGUUCUAUCUUAUAUUAUGUUGCCCAUAAAACAUCAGAAUGUGAAUCUAGUUCCAAGUGUCCUUUUGUAUCUUGAGGUAACGGAUAUGGUGCCCCAGGGGAUUACACAGGACAAAUGGGUAAAGCAGCCUUGGCAUGGGUGUUGUGUUUGUUGGUAGGCCCCCCUGUCCUAGGAAAACGGAAGUGAUUGGGCUGCAGGAAGAAGACACUGUAGCUCAGAAACUAAGAAUUCAUUCAGAUUAUCUGGUUUUAUUCAUUUAUUUUCACCGGGGUCUAAUCCUGUGACACUGGGCAAGUAAUCUAAUUCUUUCAUGCUUUAGUUUCUACAUCUUAAAAUACAGAUGAUUUGGUAACUAAUUCAUAGGAGGAAUAAAUGAAAUAGUACACUUUGUGAAGGGCUUAGCGCAGUGCCCGGAAUAUUUAAAGCAGUGCUUUAAACAAUUUGGAGCUCCUGUGAUUUAAAGUUUAUGAAGUUCUAGCUUGACUUUUUUCUCUUCAUUAACUCUACCUUUCACAAAAGCAAGCCAGUUUUACCUUUCACCUUGAUGUGGGUGAUUCAUAAAUCUAACUUACUUCCCUUCUUCCCAAAUCCACGUCCACAAACUCUAGUCCUUUUUUCUAUAUAUCUUUCUUAUCCCAUACUUUCCCAAUUGCUAUCCAAUUCACUCAAAACCUCAGUCAUUUUUCUCUUCUUCCUCUCUCCAAUCCUACUCACUCAACUAGUCUUUCUUUUUCCUUUUUGUUUGGAUUCUUCUUACAAGAGUUCAUUACCACCUUCCUAGGCUAUUGAUAAAGCCUCUUAGCUAAGCUUUCAUUUGAUCCUCCUGCUCCAGGCUUGCCCCAUUCCAGUCUGUCCUAUACACUGCCAUCAGAUUGACCAAAGCUGUGGUUUCUUUGUCUGUCAUUUGAAUCAUUUUUAGAGAUGGUAUAAUUCAUUCUGAAAUUUUGGAUACCAUUGAAGAAAGAUUAUGAGACUUUCAAAAAAUUUAUCAAAAGGGAGCGUUUCUUUUUAAAAAAUCAAGAACAUUUUUCCCAAAGCAUUGUUUUGAUCUCCAGUCUCUUAAAAUCUUUCAGUGGAACUUCUGAAGAUGAUUGGAUAUGUGCAUUAUCUCGAUUGUGCUGAUAGUUUCAUGGGUGUAUACACAUGCCAAAACUUAUCAAACUGUACACUUUUAAAUGUGUAGUGUAUUGUAUUUCAAUACGACCUCAAUAAAAUUGUUUUAAAAAAUC